AUGCUGGGCAACGUGCUCGCAGCCACAAACCUGAGCUCCGGCAAUGAGAGGCGCGCCGCCGCCAUCGGAGGCACCCUCCAGACGCUGCCGCUGCGGCUGUGCAGCUUCGACGGUUCGGGGGGCGCGGUCGCGCUCAGCGCCCCAGCAGGGCUGCGGGUCGAGGUGUCGCGCACGACGGGUGGCGCUGGCGUCGCGGUGUCACUGCGAGACGAGCUCGGGCGGGAACUCGCCGGCGCGCACCGCGUCGGCGCCGACUCACUGCCGACCCCGCGCACCAACUGGCCCCCGCCCGACCGCCCCCACCCGGCGCUCUGGCGCGGCGAGGCCGCAUACGCCAUCACCGCUUUCGGCCGCGACUUCCUCACGCUCGUCAGCGCCUGGAGCCCGGCGCCCCCGCAGCUGCCCGGCCUUGCGCGGGCGUCCGGGCGCGUGGCGGUCGCCGGAUACCGCACCGGGCAGCGCGGGACCGCGAAGCUCCUGCUCACGCCCGCAGGGUGA